AUGGAAUGGAAGGGUGCAGAAAGCGACAUCAAGGUCGAUGACUCGUCGGCGAUCAGUGGACUGGAGUUCGACAGUCUCAUUCAGAACAGCUUUAGAGCAGCUGAUGCAGCUCUUGCUUCUGCAUUAGUCUCUCUUCAACUGAACCCCUCGCUCUACACCGAUCAUAAGCCGUCCACUCUGCCAUUCUUGUCACCGAACGGAAACCUUCCAGUCGUUACAAGCGGGCUGAUCUCCGUCGGCGUUUCUGUGGGGGUGAUGGGUCCCAGGAAAGAGAAGAGCAGUUUGAAGAGAAAUCGGCAUAGCACUGGCGAGGACCAGGAGAUCAAGAAACCUCGGAGAUCUCAGAGGAUUUCUUCGCAGUCUCAACAAGAUCCUCACCACACGCCCAUCAAAAACCAAUAUCUUCCCUCUCCUCUAACGAACCAUGAGUCCACUGUUACCGAAACAUUCAAGGAACAUACGGCUACCCCUCCAGAAGGCCGCCCCAGCCAGAUUCGCCAUGUUACGCCCGUAGCCUCGCCGCCACUUCUCCCACAAUCCUCACCUCCUCAAGACACACAGCCUCUAUCCCAAUUCAUCUACCCCCCUCGAGACAUCGAACCUGACCUGAAUGAUGACGACGGAACGUGGGGUUACCUGUUUCCAAUGACCGGGAAUGGUCAUAGACUGCAGAUGAAACGGCGAGCAUUUUGUCCUGCUCCCGCCAAGCCGCUCGAGGUGUCGAGGCAGACUGUUAAGAGCAAAAAGCGAGGGAAGAAGGAGUUGAUUGAAGCUGAAGCCGAAUACGAGCAUGAGAAAACGGAUAAAGGCUUUCCAGCGAGCGGAUACCUGAUCGGGAGACACCCUGAAUGUGACAUGAUUCUUGACAUCCCAACAGUGUCGAACCGACAUUGCUUGAUCUUUAACGAAACACGAAAUGGCGACUCGGUCGCCAUUCUCGAGGACUUGUCCAGCAACGGCACCUUUGUCAACGAAGCAUUCUUGGGCCGCAACAAGCGAAGACAGCUAGAAGAUGGGGAUGAGAUCACUAUCUUAGAUGAGGCACGAUUUGUCUUUCGCUACCCAAGAAGCCGAGACUCGAGUGCUUUCAAUUCGCGUUAUCGCAUCCUCCAGCAGUUGGGAAAGGGCCAUUUUGCUACGGUAUACCUCUGUGUAGAAAGAUCAACGGGCUUCAAGUUUGCCGUCAAGAAGUUCGAGCGUCGCAUGGGAGAGUCUCAACGAUCGCAGACGGAAGGAUUGGAACAGGAAAUCGCUGUGCUGAUGAGCGUCAGUCAUCCCAAUGUCCUUUGCCUGAAGGAGACGUUCGAUGAGCCGGACGGAGUUUACCUGGUCUUGGAGCUCGCCGCUGAAGGCGAAUUGUUCAACUUGAUUGUGACGAAACAGAAGUUGACGGAGGCCGAGACCCGGAAAAUCUUCAUCCAAUUAUUUCAGGGGACUAAGUAUCUGCACGAACGCAAUAUCGUCCAUCGCGACAUCAAACCAGAGAACAUCUUACUGACCGACAAGAAUUUGUCGGUCAAGUUGGCAGAUUUCGGCCUGGCUAAGAUCAUUGGCGAGGAGUCGUUCACAACUACGUUAUGUGGUACACCAAGCUAUGUUGCACCCGAAAUACUGGAGAACACACGGCAUCGAAGAUAUACCAGAGCAGUUGAUGUUUGGUCCCUGGGUGUGGUCUUGUACAUUUGUCUAUGCGGGUUCCCACCAUUUUCCGAUGAGCUUUACUCGCGCGAGAAUCCAUAUACCCUCGCUCAACAGAUCAAAAUGGGCCGGUUUGACUAUCCGUCACCGUAUUGGGACUCGAUUGGGGACCCUGCACUCGAUCUUAUCGACCGCAUGCUCACAGUCGACGUGGAGAAGCGAAUUACUAUCGAUCAGUGCCUCGAACAUCCCUGGACAAGAAACUUGGGCUACAUCAAUCCAGCUGAUUCGCUUGACGGCCUCACCGGGCAAAUGAGUGCCUUUGACUUCUCCAAACGAAAAGUCCAACGGGAACGCACUUUGUUAGCCAACAUCAACGACGUCAAAGUGAGCAAAGUAGUAGACCUCAAUGGAGGCCAGCAGAUCCAAGGUCAGACCCCCCACAUCCCCGGCUCACCAGCACAUGUGAAGAUAUGGGACAAGAACCCGAGCGGCAAGAAUACCAGAAUGAGCCCACCCAGGGACAACAACAAGGGGAAGAAGCAGAAGUAUAAGGAGAAUGGUAACAAGGAGGAACAUCCCGCGGCGAAUCGACAGCAAGACGAGUUUAUGCAAAUGGGCGGUAAAGGCGACAUGCGUUUAUUUGAAGAUGAUGUUUCCUCGAGGUAUUUGCCAGAAGAAGUGCCCAAGGGGAGAAAAAAGUGA